AUGUCCGGCAUCAUCGUCGAACCCGUUAACGCCUCCCAGCCUGAUCUGGGAGCAGUGCUGAGCAACAUCGACCUGGACAACCUGUCUGACGCCGGCUUCAAAGUCCUCCGAGAUGCGCUGUACACUCACAACGUGAUCUGCCUCAAAGGACAAUCCAAGCUCACACCCCAAGCGCAAGCCGAGCUGACCCGGCGCUUCGACCCGGAAGCCAUGUCCUACGGCCACGGCAAGACGAUUGACGCGAAGCGGUCGAUUCUGCACCCGGACCUGAAGACGAUCCCGCACCAGCCAGAAGUUCAGGUGAUCGGCAACGGCUUCGUCGCCGAGUACGAAGGGCUGAAGAACAUCACGCUGCGCCACCCGCACCACCGGACGUUCCACAAGACCGUGAUCCCCGACGACCAGGAUCUCGACCACACGCGCUUCUACCGCUGGCACAUCGACGCCGCGCUGUACGGCAAGCUGCACCCGCCGCUGGUGACGUCGUUGCUGGCCGUCAAGGUCCCCGGCGGCCGGACCCAGACUCUCCUCUACGACGAUGGGAGCAACGACACGCUCCAGGUCCCGCUGGGCACGACGGCCUUUGUGUCGGGCUACACCAUGUUCGACCGCCUCAGCCCCGAGCAGAAGGAGUUCGUGUUGACCUCCAAGAUCGAGUACGCGCCGCAUCCGUACGUCUGGAUCUCGACGGCAAAGUCGCGCCCAGACGGGCUCGGCAUGGUCUCCGAGGGCAAGGAGGUGCCUCUACAGUCGCUCCCUCCCAUCGAAAAUUCCGCCGACAUCCAGAUCCUGCCUAUGGUCUGGCAGAACCCCGUCACCGGCCGCUUUGCGCUGCAGAUCCACCCUUCCGUCGUGCGCAAGAUCCAUCUCCGCGAUGGCCGCGUCAUUGACGACCUCGCCGAGGUCCGCGAAAUUGUGCACUCCUUGCAGCGACCUGGCAUCGCUCCGGACCUGGUCUACGCUCAUGACUGGCAGGAAGGCGAUCUGGUGCUAUUCAACAACCAUGGCGUCUUGCAUAGCGUCGUCGGCGCUUUCGCCGAAGACGAGGUCCGGCUCUUCCGUCAGUGCAACCUGGCUGCGAGUCGACCGCCGAUUGGGCCCGGAAGCGAAGUGCUGGUCAACUAA